AUGACGCGAGCAUCACAAAUACGAAGUGGCAAUUAUCGUCAUAAAGCAAUGCCAUUCUCCAAUGGUAAUGAAGUUUUAAGAAAAAAAACAAAACAACUCAAAAAUCUGUCUCGUUUAUUUCAACUUGGUGCAAUAGGUUUAAAACAAUAUAUAACAAAUCUAUCAUCUUUCGUUGGUGAACCAGCAACAAAACAAAAAAAGAAAAAUAAUCAUAUUAAUAAUACUACAACUGUUAAUAAUGCCAUCGACAAUAAUGACAUCAAGGGGGAAACAGCGGACUUCAAGACUUCAAAAGACUUCAACAGACUUCAACCAUAG